AUGCGCCCUCCAGACCGUAUUCAUUCGUGGGCGAAAGCUCACGCGUCCUCUCGUGGUUCUGCUCCUGACACUCAAACUCCCUCCAGCACUCUCGGUCCUCAACCCGCUGUAGGAGUGACCGCAACCUCCCAGCAAAAUGGACAAGUGACUGAUCCCGUUGGGACCCUGGCAACACCAGGGUCGGAUCCUGAAAAACCCGAUGGGGAGCAACCGUCUGCCCCCAACCGAGGACUUUUGGUCCGUAUGAAGGAUGGCAGCAUCCGUUUCCUCAGCCAUACGAAGCAUGCCCUUUGUCACAGCUGGGUCAAUGUUCUGCUCGUAUUCGUGCCCGUUGGCAUUGCCGUUGAGGCUGUCGGCUUAAGCCCGGGUCUUAUCUUUGCCAUGAAUGCCAUCGCCAUCAUUCCACUCGCCGGUUUAUUGAGCCAUGCCACCGAAUGUGUCGCUAGUCGUUUGGGAGACACCAUCGGUGCUCUCAUUAACGUCACCUUCGGAAAUGCGGUCGAGCUAAUUAUCUUCAUUAUUGCACUGGUCAAGAAUGAAAUCCGAGUGGUUCAAGCCUCCUUGUUAGGCUCCAUCUUAGCAAAUCUGCUGCUUAUCAUGGGAAUGGCCUUCCUCUUGGGAGGUCUUCGUUUCCAGGAACAAAUCUACAACAGCACUGUCACUCAAAUGAGUGCAUGUCUUCUCAGCUUGAGUGUCAUGAGCUUGCUUUUGCCGACCGCUUUCCAUGCCUCAUGGUCAAACAAUGCAGCGGCUGAUAAGUAUACUCUGAAAGUCAGCCGCGGAACUAGUGUGGUCUUGCUUCUGGUGUACAUCCUGUACAUUAUCUUUCAACUCAAGUCCCACUCCUACCUUUACGCCAGUAUCCCCCAGCAGAUUAUAGAUGAGGAAUCCCACCCUGGUGUUCUGGCCGAUUUCAUGAACCAUUCAUCAGAUUCCUCCAGCAGUUCGUCGGAUGAAUCCGACGAUACGACAACGUCGUGGAGCACUGCAAAACGUAUUAAGAAAGCGAUGAAGUACCGCAGACAUCGAAAAUCGAGCACUAGCUCCAAGGGCACCGCUUCUACUCCAUCAUUCCGCAAGCAGGUUCUGUCGGAAAUGCCAUCUACGGGAAGCAGCGAGACGCCCGACUCUGUUCAUCGCUCAACAUCGAUCCCUACGGACGAUCCCGCAUCCUGUGCGAUUGAAAUCGGUGAUGACCCUCGCUACGAUGCAGACAAUGAUGCGAACCAAUUCGAACCCCACUUCCGAGACUUCGGUCAGGAAUCCAGUCAAGUGAAGCUUUCCAAGAAAAAACUUAAAGCCAAACGACGUGAGAUACGGAAGCAACAGAAGCUUGCAGAAAAGGCAAAUGAAACGGCCGCUACAGACAGUGCCACCAAUACUCGACCAUCCUUCAAGACUCACUUGUCGGAACCUCCCUUGGAGCUGAGUGGAUUGGAGAAGGGCCCACAGGACCUAGAUUCUCCCAAGAGACGCAGUGCAUUCCGUCCUGCUAUCCCCUCCCUGUUGUCAAACACUGUUUUCUCUAACUCCCAAACCCCAUACAACGUACGGGGUGAUCCAUCUGGAAAUCUCAACGGCCUCCGACGCACAAAUUCCCUCCCGUCUCGAAUGAACCGCCCUCCACCUGUUGGGAAUGCGGUUCAAUUCGCCCGUGGCGCAGCCCGAAUGCCCACCGCUGUCAACCCGCAGACCCUCCAACCAGCACCGGAACAUCAAGAACCGGAAAUGUCACGCACGGCUGCAGUUGUCAUGUUGCUUCUCUCUACUGGUUUGGUCGCUGUUUGCGCUGAGUUUCUAGUGGACGCAAUUCCCGAGAUGAUCGAAAGCUCAUCCGUCAGUGAGGCCUUUAUCGGUCUAAUCAUUCUCCCUAUUGUUGGAAAUGCAGCGGAACACGUCACCGCUGUUAGUGUGGCCACAAAAAACAAAAUGGACUUGUCAAUUGGUGUCUCCGUUGGUAGCAGUAUUCAAAUUGCCAUUUUCGUCACUCCUCUGGUGGUCAUUCUCGGCUGGUGCAUGGACAAAGACAUGUCCUUGUACUUCACUCUAUUCGAGACCAUUUCCCUCUUCGUCACUGCAUUCGUGGUGAACUUCCUGGUGUUGGAUGGUCGCAGUAACUAUCUUGAAGGCGCUCUUCUGAUUGCGGCCUAUGUGAUUAUUGGUGUUGCUGCGUUCUUCUACCCCCCUGCUAAUCUAUCGAGCGAUGUUGCUACUGCUGGGCAUUAG